CGUGGAAAGCCGUAGGGUUUGUUUGGACAGCGUCCAAACUGCCUUUUCGCGCAAAUCCAGCUCCAUUUAGUCGGAUUUGCGCGAAAGCCCAUCUAAACAUGUGUAGAGAACUUACCAAGAAUCAGCCGCCUCACCGCAGACACAGAGAGGCAGCUCGCUUAGUAGCUCGAAGAGCAAGCUCGCAGACAGGAGGGUCACGAAGAAGCUCACGAACCAUCAGAGUCAUCGAAAUUUUGGAUCCUGGCGUUUGGCGCAAAUCUGCGCUGCCAGAGCCGGAUUUGCGCACAAACCCAUCACAAUAUUCUAGGAAACUCACCACUGACCGGCAGUCUCAUCGCAGACAGACAGCGAGCUCGCUUACUAGCCCGAAGAGCAAGCUCGCAGACAGGGUCACAGGCGUCCUCGCGAUCCUCCGGACUCAUCACACUCUGGAAUCUGGUGUUUCUGCGCAAAUCCACCGUUCUGUAGAUGAAUUUGCGCACAAACGCUUCAGCACGUAUGUAGAAGGCUCCCUACCGUAGACUAUUA